CUGUCAGAAACUGUUUCUUCAGCAUUUGCGUAACCAAGGCGGUUAAAAAGUGAUCAAGAACGAGUGAGACAUGAAUGGAGGCUGUUCAGACAACGCGACAACAGGCGCAGGAGUUCCCGAUCAGCGGAUAAAAAUAGCUGUGAUAGGAUGCGGUCUUAUGGGCACAAGAAUCGCAGGUGAACUGUGCCUGUGUGGCUGUGAUGUGUCAAUGUAUGACAAUGACAGCACUGCCCUGAGUACAGCUGUGUCCAAGGUCCAUCAGGACUGGGAACACCUCAGGACACAUGGACUCCUCCUCAACCAACAUACACAGCCUACCAACCUGAUCUGUGCCAGUACUUUAGAAGUAGCAGUGGAGGGGGCAGAAUUUGUACUGGAAGCAGUUGUGGAGGACUUUGAAGUCAAAACUGAACUCAUGAGAAGAAUAUCUGCCACAUGUUCCCAGACUGCUGUCCUUGGUACCAACACUCUCAACCUGGACAUCACUGCUAUGUCAGAACAUGUGGUGAACAAACAGAGGCUUAUAGGUAUACGCUUCCUGUAUCCAGUUUAUACCAUCCCAGAAGUGGAGGUGACUAUGGGAGGCAACACAGAUGCACACGUUCUACAGAGAGUUGGUCAGCUGAUAGAACACUUGGGUAAGGUCCUGUUUGUGAGGACUGGCAACAACCCCCUCAUUCUCACACCACAACAAGUCCAAUCCAGGCAAAUAGCAUGGAAGGAGAAGGUCCAGCUACAACAGAGAGCCAGGGGACCAGGCCUAGGAUCACAUGGAGGAAUGAAUACUUCUAGUCAUGCAGUAGUCGGUAUGCUGCAACACACACCAACUAGCAGUAGGACUGAAGCAGAGGACAACAGACAUACGUCAGGUUCCUCACCAGCAGGCAAUGACUGUAUCAUCUGUACUGAGCGAGAGAGGAACUGCCUGUUGAGUCCCUGUAACCACCUGUGCUGCUGCAUGGAGUGUGCCAAGUCCCUGACAAACAGGCACCAGAACUGCCCCAUGUGCCGGACACCUAUUGCUGAGGUCCUGAGGGUCUUCAGUGCGUAGGGUUUGUCUCCUGUUGGCUCAAUUUUCAUACCUCUUAACCAUUCCAUUAUACUAGUCUCCCAUGCAGACCUUUCCGGCAGCCUGCGUUUGUUUAUUGGUUUCUUUUCGGGGACGGUUGUAUCAACCCAAGGCCUUUGUGAGUGCGGAAUACAAGCAGACUUUGCAAGCGGCUAAUACUGCUACCCCCGAUACAGCGCUUCCUCUGAAAAGAAACUGCUGUGCUCAUUUAAACAAUCCUGGUAGAAAAGUCUGUACAGGAGGCUACCAUUACACCAACCUACUUAUCGGUAACUCAGUUACAUAUUAUUUCAUAACCAAGUAUAUACACAUGUAUGUUCCCAUCAGGAUAAGUUUGUACUAACCCAAGUAAACAGAAAACAAUUUUUUCACACAACCAAGAAUGCAGUGACAUGUGAAAUUUUGAUCACUGAGACCCGCAUCAGUAAAAGAACACUACAUUUCCUUACAUCUCUAAAAUAUCAAGGGCUAUCCUAUAGAAGUAACAUGAAGGGUAAAAUUGUAUUUCUCCUGGCGUAUAGCCCCACCUAUUUCAUGUUGGGCCCUUAUUUCUAUGAUCCAUGUUUAAGGGAUUCCUAUGCAAUGAUAGAUGCAUGAAAGUAGGGCUCUCUUGCUCAGACAAUCCAACUACGGGUACUGGUCCAGGAGUGAUAUGUAAUCCAAUAUAUUUGAAUAAUUGUGUGUUUAUAUGUAUUAUAUACAAAUAAAUACGUGUUUACAUGUAUGUCAUCCUAAUAUGCAUUUUACUGAUGUGGAUAUGACCUACAAGCAUGUACAUAUCUGUGAGAUAUUGUUGUUUGCAUGCUUGUAAUACAACUGUUUUAUACUAAUAAACAGUUCAACUUGUACUAACAA